CAUAUAGGCUUCGCAGAAUUCUCUAGAAUUUUUCGAUUUGCUUGGUCUAGAAUGUUCGCAGUUUCUGUUAGGAAAGUAUGGUUGGAGUCCGUCUAUCCGUUGCGAGAUUAAGGAGCUUUUCAUCAUUUCUUCUGAUCGCUAGUUGGUGUUCAUGGAUGUGAUCUGCUAGUCUUCCUCCUGUCUGCCGUACGUACAUAAAUGUUGGGCUCAGGGGUUUUUUUUCCUUUGGCUUACUUAAGCUGUUUUGGAGAGCUUCGGCUGGUUUGUGUGCUGUGGUUUGUGCCAAGUGGUUGUCAUAGCCUGGUGAAUGUUUCUGAUACAUUUCUGAAGUUUGGUAGCGUUUCCCUUUUCACAUCUUGUGUCGGUCAUGCUGUAGUGGGUUGUGUGGUCAGGCACAUUUUGAUAAAGCCACGUGGACAUUCCUUCUGUUGGAAGACGUUGUAUAAUUGGUCUUAUUUCUUUUUUCUGUUGUUCUAGGUGGCUGCAGCGAGUUUGCAACUCGUCUGAAAAAAUGUUCUGCCACAGUUUAUCCUGUGGGAGGCUGAAUUGUUACUUUGGUUUUUCCAGUCCGGUUGUAACUUCAAACAAUCACUAAGUGAAAUGUCGCAAGUCGAGAACUACCUAUAUUUUAACAUUCUCUUUCUGCUUUUGACCGUAGCUGCCUUGAGAUAUACUUCAAAGCCCACUCAGAAAUCUCUUUGGAGGGAAAACCCAGGAGAGGAAUCGCUAAGCUGACUUCACCUUCUCCCUUCCCCCUUUUCCCAUCCUCCACGGCCCCAAGAUGGCUUCCGACAGCCCAGAGUCGCUGAUGACUUUGUGCAUAGAUUAUUGUCUUCACAACCUGGAAGGGACUCUCUGCUACUUGCUGGACAACGAGACUUUCCGCCUCCAGACGGAUAUUUUCCUCCCAAGCGAGAUCUGCGACAGGCUAGUCAACGACUACGUGGACCUGGUAAACGCAGACACCUUGUUUGAGCACAACGAAAACUUUUUUAGUCUCUUUUCGGAUCCCCGGAGCACUCGGCUCGCCCGCAUCCACUUGCGAGGCGACAUUGUCCAGGAUCAAGACCUGGAGGCCAUUCGGAAGCAAGACCUGGUGGAGCUUUUCUUGACCAACUGCGAGAAGCUGACGGCCAAGAGCCUCCAGACCCUGGGCAGCUUCAGCCCCACCUUGGUGUCGCUCAGCCUCUUCGGCUGCACCAACUUCUUUUACGAGGAGGAGAACCCGGGCGGCUGCGAGGACGACUUCAACCCCAGCCGGCAGGUCUUGGUGAAGGACUUCACUUUUGAAGGCUUCCGGCGGCUGCGCUUCCUCAACCUGGGGCGGCUGAUGGAAGGGAUCAACGUGGAAAGCCUCCUGCGGCCGCUGGCCUCCCUCACCGCCCUGGAUCUCUCCGGGAUCCAGCUCAACGACAUCCACUUCCUGACCCAGUGGAAGGACAGCCUCGCCUCCUUGGUGCUGUACAACAUGGAUCUGUCCGAGGAGCACAUUCAGGUGAUAGCUCAGCUGCGGAAACUCAGGCAUUUAGACAUCUCCCGAGACUGCCUGUCCAGUUAUUACAAAUUUAAGCUGACCCGCAAAGUCCUGAAUCUCUUCGUGGAGAACCUGAGCAGCCUGACCUCUCUGGACAUCUGCGGUCACACCAUGCUGGACAACUGCACCGUCGCCUGCUUGGAUGAGAAGACAGACCAGGCCAGCACCCACCCAGGGAAAAGCAGCAUCGCCCCGUUCCGGAACCUGAAAAGGCCCCUGCAGUUCUUGGGGCUGUUUGAGGUCUCCCUUUGCCACGUCACGCACAUCCCGGCCUACAAGGUGACCGGGGAGAAGAACGAGGAGCAGGUUCUCAACGCCAUCGAGGCCUACACCGAACACCGGCCGGAAAUCACGUCGCGAGCCCUCAACAUCCUCUUCGACAUUGUGCGGAUCGAGCGCUGCACGCAGCUCCUGAGAGCCCUCAAGGUGCAAAGGAACUGUUGCCUCACCUUGUGCAAUUUUAGCAUCCCCGAAGAGCUGGAGUUCCAGUACCAACGGGUCAACGAGCUUCUGCUCAACAUCCUGAACCCCACGCGGCAGGACGAGUCCAUCCAGCGCAUCGCCGUGCACCUCUGCAACGCCCUGGUCUGCCAGGUGGACAACGACCACAAGGAGGCCGUCGGACGGAUGGGGUUCGUCAUGACCAUGCUGAGGCUCAUUCAGAAGAAAUUGGGGGAUAAAAUAUGUGACCAGGUGAUGGAAUUCUCCUGGAGCGCUUUGUGGAACAUCACCGACGAGACGCCCAGCAACUGUGAGAUGUUCCUGAAUUACAGCGGCAUGAAACUCUUCCUGGAGUGCUUGAAAGAGUUUCCGAACAAGCAGGAGCUGCACCGCAACAUGCUGGGGCUUUUGGGCAACGUAGCCGAAGUCCAAGCUCUCCGUCCUCAACUUAUGACCUCCCAGUUUAUCAGCGUCUUCAGCAAUUUAUUAGACAGCGAAGCCGACGGGAUCGAAGUGUCAUACAACGCCUGCGGGGUCCUUUCCCACAUCAUGUUCGACGGGCCAGAGGCCUGGCUGAUCGCCGAGCCCAGCAGAGACCAGGUGGUGGACCGGAUGUGGGCGGCCAUUCAACGCUGGGACGUCAAUUCCAGGCGGAACAUCAACUACAG